GUCUACGUGGAGACAACCAUGAACGAACUCCUGGGCUGGUACGGCUUACCCAAGAUGGACAACUCAGACGCUCACCAGCUCAACAUCGGCAGUUAUCCCAUUGCCCUCUCACAACGCAGCCCUAGCAGAUCAGCGUCAGCAACUUCCUCCCUGACGCCGACGCCCACACCAGCUGUUGCAGUCACCAUGCAGCCCAAACGAUGCGGCAGGAAGUUUAGAGACGACAAUAGCAGCAGCAUCAAGGUACCAAAUGAUACUAACAAUAAUAGCAACAGCUGUGAAAGGAAACCUUUACAGGCGAAGGAGAUGGUAACGAGUCUAAGUAAGAGUGCGGUAUCCAAGACAAUCCUUCCCAUUCCGGACAGUGAGAGAGGCGUGGCUAUUGUCUGCUCCUGGUGCCAACAGAACGGCAAUAAACUUUUUACACUGGAGAGUUUGGCCGGGAACAAGUCUUUCUGCAGCGAGGUCUGCUUCACCCAGUGCAGACGAGCGUCUUUCAAGAGAAACAAAGUCUGUGAAUGGUGCAAGCAUGUUCGCCACACACUAAAUUUCGUUGACUUUCAAGACGGAGAUGUUCAGCUUCAAUUUUGCAGUGAGAAAUGCUUAAACCAAUACAAGAUGAACAUCUUUUGUACAGAGGCCAGACAACAUCUGGAGCAGAUUCAGAACAUGGCUGGCGAGGACGCCAAGAAAGUCAAUGGCCCUAGCAAGGGAGGUAAACACGAGAAAGAAAUAUUGAUAACUCCUGAUCUAUGGUUGUCUGCCCAUACUGAAGUCGACAUCAAGCAAGAAGUGAAUGAGGAUGACCAAGAGACAGUGCUAUGUUUAAGGAAAGAUAAUACGAGUGCUAGGAAGAACAAUCAUACAGAAGAAGCAGGUGCUACCGAGGACUCUGAGACCAGAUGGCCGGAAGCUGUUGAGACAAGAUCUAUUCUUAGUGACCAUAGCAGCUGUUCUAAUGAUGAUCGAGGGAGUCAAAAAGUGAAGUCAUUGUUGAUGUCCCGGCAGAAGAAGGACAAACCAAAUUCACGUUACAUAAAUUGUGGUUCUAAGGCUAGUUUAGACUCCUAUCAAGAUAAGGACAAAAACAGAAAACGAACUCCUGCUAUAAAUGGAGAUAAUCAUUCUCAAGAAACUCACCGUAACAAUCCUCAUGGAAAAGAGAAAGAUAGAUUCCCAGAUGGACUCUCUCAAAAGAGUGCCACAUUUCCUUCUCCUAUAACUGCUGCUUCUUUUAACCCACAGCACAUGAGUGCCUUGUCAAUGAUGCCAAACUGGGCAACGUCUCAGCUGUUGACAAUGAUGCCUUCUCACUUGAAUCCUUCCUUUGGAGCAGCAAAUAUUAGUUCUAGUCUUGGUGGUCUAGGGUAUAUACCAAACACUCUGUUGUAUUCUAGUUUGUUUAGUCCAAACUCACUACCAAUGGCUGUACAAAAGGAAGCUGCAUCAUGCAGUAUGGCCAGCACAAGAGCUGAUUCCAGGCGGGAGGUACCUAGAGAUAAAUCUUUUGAAAGAGAGCGAGGACAUGUGAGAGGAGAUAGCACAGAGAGGUCUACAAGAUCCACAUCGUCAUCAUAUUCUUCCUCAGACACACCAGGUCCUUCUUCUACUCCAGGUGCAACACUGAGCACAGGACCUGAACCAGUCUCAAGUUAUGUGCCUGGAUUUAGUCAACAGAUCCAUCAUCCUCUGCAGACUGUUGACUUGGGACAGUCUCUACCGAUUCCUCACUACCUGCAUGACCCUACAGUGGCAGGGAUGUUUCCUCUUGGCUACAACAACCUGACACCCACACAAAGAAAUGGCACUUCAGUUGUAACUGGACUCCCUCCAGCAGCUCAAAUCCAACAUCAACCAACAUCCACACCCACAGCUACCCAACAACAACUAACUAUACCACCUGUAACCAUUCUCGUUCCAUAUCCUGUUGCUGUUCCAAUCCCAAUCCCAGUUCCUAUCCCUCUUCCAAUUGCUCCAGAGAAACUCUUUGCCUUCUUUAGAGAGAAAUCAACACAGAAUAAAACAGAAACAGCCACUUCAGGUUCCCAGCAAUGGUUACCUGAUAACAGGUCUUCAUCACCUCAAGCUGGUCGAUCCGGAGCACCCAGCGCUAGCCACUCAGUUAGCGUAAGCCCAAGUGUCUCAUCUAACAACUCACCAAAGGCUGUGCCCUUUCUGUGCCAUCCAUAUGGAUCAUCUGCGACUAUCUCCAACAGCGCAGAGCCAGCACUAGCCAUACCCAGCGGCCGUGAUUCAGCAGACUCCAUUAUGACCUUAAGACGAGAAAUUUCUGGAUCCAACAACAAAAAAUCUGUGGUUAUGCCCCCCUGUUCAUCGACACUUUUAAAGCGCACAGGCAUGUCCCCACGACAUCUGACACUUCAUGCCCCUAAGAAGCCCCGACUAGACUGUCCUCCUCUAUGCAGUGAGGAUGAGGCUAUUGACUUGAGUAAAAUGUCAUCAAGAUCAUGCUCACCAGGAGUCUCGGGAAGCUCAUCUUUGAGUGACACAGAUGCUGACAGUUCAUCCCAAACCUCCACACUUGCUGUCCCUAGAAUACACAUCAUCACUGAACAUAGCGACCAUCCUUUGUGUCCAUCAUCUGCGGCAGUUACACUACCUUCCCCAUCACAUCAGUCAAAUUAUUCAGGCAGACGCAGCCGAAUUCUCGAUGCUCCUUGUAUUCCCAAAAAAGUACGAACACCUUCUCCUGAGAGACGCUAUGUCAGGACAGUCCCAAGAGACAUGGUGGAGGCAGCCAGGAGAAGAGGGUUACGUGCACGUGUUCGCACUAAAUAA